AUGCUUAGUACGAGCCCAGGCAAGGCAGUCUGGGAAUCAUCGGGACUAGCAGGCAGAGGCACGGCAGUCGACCUUCCUGCAGGCAAUGUAGCAAGCAGGCAGGGAGAAUAUUGGUCCGUCUGCAACGUGAGUGGCAAGGCAGUCGCAGUGCCACGGAAUGCUGAGAAGAUUUCGGUGGUGGACCCCGCAACUGGCCAGGCUUCGGCCAUCGACCUCCCCACAGGCAUCGACGCAAGCAGGAGGGAGAAAUUUGUGUCCGUCUGCAACGUGAACGGCAAGGCAGUGGCAGUGCCUGCUCAUGCUGAGAAGAUUUUGGUGGUGGACCCUGCAUCUGGCCAAGCUUCGGACAUCGACCUCCCUGCAGAAAUUGACGCAGGCAGGGCGGGAAAAUUUCGGUCCGUCUGCAAUGUGAACGGCAAAGCAGUGGCGGCGCCGUAUAAUGCUGAGAAAAUUUUGGUGGUGGACCCUGCAACUGGCCAGGCUUCCGCUAUCGACCUCCCUGCAGGAAUCGAUGCAAGCAGGAAGGGCAAGUUUGUGGCCGUCUUCGACAUUAACGGCAAAGCAGUGGCGGCACCGUACGAUGCUGAGAAGAUUCUGGUGGUGGACCCUACAACUGGCCAGGCUUCUGCCAUCGACCUACCGACAGGCAUCGAUGCAAGCAGGACGAGCAAGUUUGUGUCCGUCUUCAACAUGAACGGGAAAGCAGUGGCGGUGCCAUAUGAUGCGGAGAAGAUUUUGGUAGUGGACCUUGCAACUGGCAAGGCUUCGGCCAUCGACCUCCCGACAGGCAUCGAUCCAAGCAGGAGGGGAAAAUUUGUGUCCGUUUUCAACAUGAACAUCAAAGCAGUGGUGGCGCCGUAUCAUGCUGAGAAAAUUUUGGUGGUGGACCCGGCAACUGGCCAGGCUUCCGCCAUCGACCUCCCUGCAGGCAUCGAUGCCAGCAGGGAAGGGAAAUAUCUAUCAGUCUGCAACGUGAACGGCAAGGCAGUGGCCGUUCCUGCCAAUGCUGAGAAGGUUUUAAUUGUGGACCCUGCCAAUGGCCAGGCUUCGGCCAUCGACCUCCCCGCAAGCAUUGAUGCAAACAGGGUCGACAAAUUCUGGUCCGUCUGCAUCGUGAGUGGCAAGGCCGUUGCUGUGCCCGUUGGUGCUGCAACGAUUCUGGUGGUGGACCCCGCCAAUGGCCAGGCUUCGGCCAUCGACCUCCCCGCAGGCAUUGAUGCAAGCAGGGAGUAUAAAUAUGUGUCCGUCUGCAACGUGAACGGUAAGGCAGUGGCAGUGCCCUUUAGUGCCGAGAAAGCUUUGAUCGUGGAGUUGCCGCCAUCCAAAGCCAGUCAGCUCAACCUCAGCUUGCACCACAGCACUGUCCAGCAGACGCCCGUUUUUGCAGAGCUCGUGGCAGCUGUGCUGAGUUACUGGGUGUACACGGACGAGCCAGAUCCCCCGCAACUCGAUCAUGUUUCCACGCAAGUCCAUCGAGUGAUUCAGCCUGGCGAGUUUGGUUCGUCCGUCAAGAUCGCAACAGUCACUGCUGACCUACCCACCGGCAAAGUGAUGUAUGUCGUCUUCAAAGGCACAUCGUACAUUUUGGAUUUCUUAAACUGGAAUCUGGAGCUGAACCACGCCACGACCCAGGAUCCCGACUUCUUCGUCCACGGCGGAGCAGCGGCCACCCUUCACGCGGCAAGCUUCUGGCUUGAGCAAGGAUUGCUGAAGCAUUUGGAGGAGGCGAGUGGAGAUGGGAUACAGAAGGUCAUCUUUGCCGGGCAUUCUUUGGGAGGAAUGUACGCAGCAGUGCUUCAUUACCUACUCUGGAAGAAGAUGGACAGCACUUCGCAAACUUCGCAGGAUGUUGUGUCCUUUCUGUCCGAUCUGGAAGUGCGGUGCGUCACGUUCGGCUCUCCGAUGGUCUUCGGCGGUGGCUCCAAGCAAGCGCAGGAGUUCAAGGCAUUUGCACAGCAGCGAGCUGUGAACUACAUCAAUGAGAACGACCCCUGCCCUCGCGCAUGGGCCGCCAUGGAUCUUCGGCCGUUCGUGGAAGUGGCGGCCCAUAGCGUCCAGAACGGACUGGUCGACGAGCUGGGCAGUGUGAAGGGCUUCGUUGCCUCGCAGGCCGUUGCUGCAGCAGCGCAGCAAGUGCUGAGCCGGCCGGACUUCCAACUGUUGGAGGAUUUCGCUAGCCGGUAUCAGCACUUUGCAGAGCUGAAGGUGCUGAGCUCAGAGCGGCGGGUGGCGGGCUGGAACGAGUUCCUCCUCACACCAACCGGUCUCGGUGACCACACCAUGCUAGCCUACGUGAACCGGCUCUUCGAUGCCUUCGAUGACAGCCGGCCCGAGUGCCACAUUCACAGCCAGACGGCCCGAGUGGAGCAGUCUCGGAACUUGCCUGGGCGCAGGGGUGGAGCCUAG